AUGGCGGCCUCGAAAACGCGGACCGUCAAGAACAAGCACGCUGCUUCCAAAGGCGCUCCCGCAAAAGGGGCGCCCAAGCGAUCCGCGACAGACGGCAUCUCCAAGUCCAAGAAGCCCAAGGGCCCCGUAGUGUCGCAACAAGUCAAGGAGAAGAACCGGGCCGCGCUUCUGAAAAAGCCCAAGAAAAAAGUCUACACCGAGGCGGAGCUGGGUAUCCCGGCACUCAACAUGGUCACGCCCGUCGGCGUGGUGAAGCCUCGAGGCAAGAAGAAGGGCAAGGUCUUUGCCGAUGAUGCAGAGAGCAUGUCAACCAUCAUGGCCAUUGUCCAGGCCGAAAAGAAUGGCGAGAUUGAAUCGAAAAUGAUCAAGGCUCGACAGAUGGAGGAGAUUAGAGAAGCUCGCAAGGCCGAGGCCGACAAGAAGCAGCAAGAGCGGAAGAGCAAGCUCGAGGAUGCCAAGGCCUCGUUGAGGAAGAAGAGAAAGAGAAAGAGUGUUGCUGGCGACGACGACGAGGUCUCCGUCAAGACCAUGGCGUCUACGGGGUCCAAGGCUGCUAAAGCAAAGAGAAAGGUUGCUUUCGCAUGA